AUGCUGAGCGGGGGGCGGGAGGGGUUGUUUGAGCUGGGACGGAGGCUCCAGCGGCAGGGGGAGUACCAGGCUGCCCUCCACUGCUUCCUCAGCUGCCUGCUCGGACUCACCCAUGUGCAGAGCUUCAACUCGCUGCCCAACUGCCUCCACCAGAUUGCGGAGCUCUUCAUCACUGAAAAGAACUAUGGGAAGGCGCUCCAGUUCAUUCAAGCUGAGAAGAUGUUCUACGAAGUGGCGCUGAUAGAACUGACCGCUCUCCAAAGGGACACUGGCCCGCAGGAGGAGGCCACCCUGGGGUCUGCGGGGGCGGCAUGGAGCAGUCCGGAGGAGCUGUCGGAGCAGGCGUCCCAAGCACAGCACCUGGAGAGACUGGCCCAGCUCUGCAUCAUGAGCAAACAACCUCAUCUGGCUCUAGAAUACAGCGGUAAGGCCACUAAAAUCCACCAGAGGGCUUUUGGCAAUGACCACCCCAUCACAGCCCGGAGCCUGGAGCUCAUGGCCACAGUGUACGCAGAGAUCGGAAAAACAGAGUAUUCGGACUCUCUGGGCCAGUGUGUCUCGGCGCUGUCCAAACGAUUCGCGGCGGCCGAAACCAUCAAAGACUCCACGGUCAACAGCUGUGUCCCCCACCACCACCACAGCGAGAAGCACUCCGAGAUCCGGCACAGGAAGGAGCACCAGCACGAGGCGGAGGACACGGACAAGCCCAAGGUAACGUACGGCAAGGUCCCCACUUCGAUUCUGAAAAGGCCGAGUCCGAGCUACGGGCUGGACUCGGAGCCGGGGCACAGGCGGAAAGGAGAGAGGAGAGUGAGGUUUCGGGAGCCGGAGACUACAGUACAUGCCUACGAGACGUCUCCCUCCCGCCCUCACCUGGCCCUCUUCACCUGCCUCUUCCUGCUCAUGUCUCUGCUGGGCGUGGCCAUGUACUGCACGGACCGCCGGCGCCCCCAGAGGCUGUGCGAGGAACUGGAGGCCACGCUGGCUGUCUACAUCCUCCACAUGAAGCAGCUGCUAUGGGGCUGCUGGAUAUGGCUCACCAUGCAGUGACUCGGACCAAUACUGGAGGAUAGAUAAACGAUUCCUCUUUUUGGUUAUUUUUUUCUCUCUUUAAGGUGCGUGGGCAUCUUAACACUUCAGCCAUAUGAUUGACAGGAAGAGAGCGGCGUCAGAGCGCACUCUAGUGGACAAGGGAUGAAGUUUGGAUCCCAGAAAUAUGUAGCUUAUGUGUCUUGUAUGUAUAUAACAGGAGAGGGCUGUCCCGAUCCUUUUGCACAUGCUCACAUAUACUCACAUAAUUCCACACUUUCUGUCUGUCUGUGUCUCCAUGGAAUGCGGAUACUUAUUUUUUGUGUUUUUUUUUUUUUCUUCUGUAUCUGUGUUUCAAUAUAAUAAGGACUAACGCACUACUCAGCCUUGAUAUUGCACAUUAAAGUGAAUGUAGGGAGGUAGGUUUGAAUGGCACUUUCACUAUUAGAGAUGCAGUGCACAAAAUAUGGGUCGGAAAGCAGAGGUGGGUAGAGUAGCCAAAAAUUGUACGCAAAUAAGAGUAAUGCUACUUUGAAAUAACAUUACUCAAGUAGAAGUACGACCUCGUGGUCCAAGAAAUGACUCAAGUAAGAGGAAAAUACUUGAAUUUGAAGGUAAAGUAAUUAGGUAAUGCACAAAAUCUGUCUGUAUUUUCAAAGGACAGACACAAACAUAAGAAAAAAUGCAUUAUAUCUGAAGGAGCGGUGCUAACACAAAUGUUCAAAUCAUUUCAUAUUGUCAACAUAAAACUUUUGUUAUUUGCAGAAGAAGAACCACGACUUUUACUGAAGUAAAAGCACUGUUACACUGUUAAAUAUCUUACUCAAGUAGGAGUAAAAGUAUGCUGCUAAAGUACGCUGCUAGAAAAGAAAAGUACAGUUUCUUUAAAAAGUUACUUGAGUAAAUGUAACUACUAGUACUACCCACCUCUGUUGGAAAGUAACAUUGAAACGUGUCAUGUUAUCUGAGAUUUGUCUAUUGUCAAAGAGGAUAUACUCAAGUGAAUGAAUGCUACUGCUUUCAAUGGUCUUUAUAAUCGCUUGUAUACCACGGAAUAACCUCCCUAAAACCAGGCGCACAUCGAAAAAUAUUGUGAAAAAUAUUAAUUAAAAUAACAGAAACAGAGGUAAUGAUGAAAACUGUGUUAAAUUUAUCACAGGAUUUCAAUUUUUAGACUAGAAUUUUACACAAUUUACACUAAAAUUUAAAGUUGCACUGCGUAACUUUACUGGUAGAAGGUCCACUACUUGUUCGUAUCCAUGGAGACGUUAUUGCUUUGGGGUUGAAUGUUCUCGAUAAACGUAUGUAUCUCCAUGGAGGCCAAGUCACAGGCCAGAUCUGCGAAAAGGCGACCCCAGUAACACCAAGAAAGCAUGUUUUCAGUGUAUUUUUUCUAUUAAAUAAAUGGUAGUUAGAUGUUUAAUGCUACACUGUGUAACAUUCCAGGCAAAGCAGCAACAUCUCCAUGGAGACAAGCAGGUGACAGACUAAAAAAGUUACGCAGGUCACCUUUAAAGUUUUCCGAUAUGCGCCUGUACAUGUCUUUUACUAUUAGACACUUUCUGCGUUCACACAAAACCUUUAACUGAAUAUUCAUUUUUUAAACUUUUUGUUACCUUGUAUUCAAAAAUUUGUAUUGAGAAUAAUAAUAAUCAGGUUUUGUGACAUCAUCAGACUGUUGUGAGCUAACUUAGGUGUCCCAUCGUCAUUACCGCUACUGCUACAAGGCCAAAAACAAUAGACAAUUCCCUUUAUCAAACAAACAGAUGCAUUUUCUAACAGCCAAACCAUUGUACUAAUGGGUUUGGGGUCAAAGGGCACAGAAACGAAAACCAACACCUCUCAUUAUAAGCAAUAACACACACUAGAGUCAGUAAAACAUGUCCUUUAUAUAACACCAUUUUCAGGAAAAUCAGAGGAGUUUUGGAUACUGAAUGUCUCAUAGCGAUGCAAUGUGAGGCUAAAGAAAGAAGUAAAAGCAUCGUUUUCAUUCAGUCAAGUACAAAACCAGUUCUUUUACAUUUGGGACACUGUCAAAUUGAAAAUAUACAGUUAACACAACAUAACAAGUCCUUUUCAAUAUGAUUACUGCAACAAAAAGAUGUGAAGAGUGAAUAAGUGAAGAGAUAAAUUGUUAAAAUACAGAUAUGGAUUGAGUCUGCCUGAAGAAAUGAUAUAAUAAUUAAUGUUACAAAAUGAAAAAUGAAAAUUCAGACAAAAUUCCAAAACAAAUUUUAACUCCUUAACGCCAAAGCACUUGUUUCUAGUUGCCACAAAUUUGCAACAUACUCACAUUUCUGUUUUUCGUUUUUGGCUAUAGUCAAAUUAAUCAUCUCAACUUAAUUUACCAUCUACUUUAAAGCAAAAACACACACAAAACUUUUUUAAAUAUACAUCUAUAUAAAUUCAGGCGUUAAGAAGUUAAAAAACAAAGCAUAUAUGAAUUUCUGUCAACAUUCCAACUUAUAAAAUUGUACUGUGAGUUGAUUUAUGUUGCCACUAUUUGAAUAAUGAUAUAGUAAACAAAAAUUCUACAUACAAAGAGCUGUUCGGACAAACUUACCAAACAAAAUUGCAAUUAAAAAAGUAAAAUUCACAUAUAGAUUGCUGUAAACAUCCCAGCUUAUAGAAUUGGGAAUAGAAUUGCCACUGAUUAUUCCAACUUUGCACAUUGGGCAUAAAAAUGAGCCACUACUGCUUAAUGAAAAUGAAUAGACUCUUUUAAUGUGAAUACUUGAUUAGAGCUGCAAUCACAGUCCAAUCAAAAUCGCAGUUUGAAUGGAUGCAAGUAGCAAAUGUUACUCUGCACAAAACUUCUAACCCCUGUAGUUUAGAUCUGUACAAACUAGGGUUGCCAAAACAAGUCUCGAAACUCAGAUACUAGUAUGUAAGUAUCAAUACUGAAGAAAAAUCACGUAACUAGUGUAAUGGUACCACAUGGUAUAAUGAACAAAUACUUUUAAUUUGUAUUGAAAAUUACAAUAUUGCCUAAAAAAGAGCGCAAAAUUGAGUUUUAAAUUUUAGUAUCGUGGCACAAACUUGUUCUGAAAUGUGAUUCUUGAAUUUGUAUUUUUGUCCAUUUUAAACUUUGAACAGAAUCCUAUUAUUAAAACAAAAACGGCAAAUCGAAUCGCAAUUCUGCACGUCGCAGUUUGACAUUUUUCCUAAACAGUUCAAUCUUGUACUUGAUAUGUUUUAUUUGUGUUUUAUUUUCAUUUGACAGUGUCCCAUCUCAUUCAGAACCCGAUUUGUAAUUCGUCAUCCGCAAUAAACCCAACGCAUAUCUCCCAUAGAAGCACACUACGUAGAAUAGCCUCCAUUUUCCGAAUCCCCACAUCUGUCCAAUCAUUUCUGGUCACUCUCGAGCAGUGCCUUUAUCAAUGCUCCUCAGUUCUUUUAUGAUUUCUAUUGUUUUGAAUA